AUGUCAUCAACAUUGGAUCAUUUGAAAAAGCAUACUAUUAUUGUAGCAGAUACUGGAGAUUUUAAUUCUAUUAAAAAGUAUUUACCAAUUGAUUCAACAACAAAUCCAUCUUUAAUAUUAUCUGCAUGUAAAUUACCGCAAUAUUCACACUUGUUAGAUUCUGCUAUUCAAUAUGCUAAGAAAGAAAAACAAACAUUAAAUGAACAAAUUGAAUUAGCAUUAGAAAGAAUAUUUGUAUUAUUCGGUUGUGAAAUAUUGAAAAUUGUACCAGGACGUGUAUCUACUGAAGUGGAUGCUCGUUAUUCAUUUAAUGUACAAAAACAAAUAGAAAUAGCAUGUCGUCUAAUAUCAAUGUAUGAAGAAUUAGGAUUUUCUAAAGAACGUAUACUUAUUAAAUUAAGUUCUACAUGGGAAGGUAUAAAAGCUGCAAAAAUAUUAGAAUCACAAUAUGGUAUUCAUUGUAAUUUAACAUUAAUGUUUUCAUUAUAUCAGGCUAUAGCUUGUGCUCAAGCUAAUGUUACAUUAAUUUCACCAUUUGUUGGACGUGUAUUAGAUUGGUAUAUAACUAAAUAUGGUAAAAAAGAAUAUACUAGACAUAAUGAUCCUGGUGUUAAUUUGGUUACUCGUAUUUAUAAUUAUUAUAAAGUUCAUGGUUAUAAAACACAAAUCAUGGGUGCUUCAUUUAGAAAUGUUGAACAAAUUCUUGGUUUAGUUGGAUGUGAUUUAUUAACAAUAUCACCUAGUCUUUUAGAAGAAUUAAGUAAAAUGUCAGAAGUGCCCAGUUUAUGCUUGACUAUAGAAAAAGCUCAAACAUCUUAUGAUCAUUCUUAUCAAUCAGAUGAAUUAUUAACAGAAGAAGAAUUUCGUUGGCAAAUGAAUGAAGAUGAAAUGGCUAAUGA